AUUCUUUGUUUUCUUUUCUCUUUUUUUUUGUCCCUCACUCCUCCUGAUUCCAUAUUUAAUUCCAUCCUCCCCGUUAAUGCCGCUUUUUUUCCUUUCCUCUCCCAAGCCUCUUGGCUCUCCAUGUCAUACUGAUGCGAUCGAGAUUCCCGAUUUCCUCUGGCCUCUCUGCCUCGUCCUUCUUCCCACUCCCCUGGACCAUGCCGAUCCUUGCCCUGCUUCCUGUUUGCCAGCCAAUGUUUCCCUUUGCUCGGCAUGUCCCAUGCAAGGACCCGGGGCUUUUGUGCCGCCUAUCAAAGCGGUGCACAGCCCAACUUUGCAGCUUUCAGCGGCGUCUGAUAGGGCCGGCGCUGCAGUCCCGCAGGCUUAGCAGCCUUGCUACAGUGGUGGCCUACCGCUAGCAUCUAGCUAGCUGCCUUUGGUGUGCCGGUAGCAUCGAAGCCGCUCCAGUCG